GCCAGCAAAUAUUUAGAAAAUGGCGACUAAUAUAUCGCGUCUUGUUUGCUUGUGUUAAAUGAAAACAUUAACUUCAAGAGAAAAAAAACUAACGCGGCUCUCUAUUUCGUUUAUAAGUGAAAUUCCGGACGUAUUGGCUGUCGGAAACAUUUCUAAAUGGCAUACAUUUAACUGAAAAAUUUAAAUCUCGACGACUUUUAAAAAAAAAAAAAAAAGUACAUUUUCUGAAAAGUGGAAAGAAAUUGUGAAUGGAAAGCCGCAAAGGAAGAGACACCGACCAUCCAACCGUAGUUCAUUCAUUUAUGCACUUUGUAUAAGAUGAAGUGAAUGUGUGUUUAUUGAAUAUCAAAAUAUCAGAAGUAAAAACUAAGUGAUUGUGAAAAUCAGACUCGGUUGUAUUGAUACAUGUGUUUAAUCCGUUUUCUUCUAUGAAUUUUUGUUUAGAAGACUAUUAGUGAAAAAAAAAGAAACGAAAACGUCAAACGAGCGGCGAACAGAACCAAUAAAUACAACGAAAAAAUCUAUAGUAACAAUAUAAACGCUGACAUUUUUCUUCUUCUAUUUUUCUUUAUAUAAUUGAAAAGAAAGUAAAAUAAAUUAAUUGUUUGCAAAUGAAAUUGAGGAAAACACGAAUACUAAUCUGGAAAAAGUGUCGUAACAUAUAAAUUUGUGGGCUGUUAAAUAGCGUAAUUGUUUUUUAUUUCAUUUAUAUAUAUACGCUCCGCUUCGGACAUUACUUGCUUUAUUAAAAUAAACGUUCUGCGAAUUGAUAUAAGCAAGCCAACAAAAUGACGUCGAACAUGUACCGCGUUGGAGAUUAUGUCUACUUCGAGACAUCAUCCACGGCACCGUUCCAAAUUCGUAGGAUAGAAGAACUUAACAAAACAUCAUCGGGAAAUGUGGAAGCAAAGGUUAUGUGCUUUUAUCGAAGGAGAGACUUACCAAAUCCCUUAGUUCAGCUUGCCGAUAAACAUCAAAUGGCUUCAACAGAAGAUUCUCCAAUAGCGAACAAGUUAAAAAGAAUUUGGUUCAAGACUCCAAUUGGUGAAGAGCAGGCGACACAAGCAGUCUUAGAUCCAGUAGUUGCUUCAUUGGAGGAAGAACGCAAUAGUCCAAGCGGUGGAUCUGGUGGUAAUGGUUCAGAAAAAGAACCAUUGACUACAAAGCAGCGACAUCAAAUGAAACAUCGCGAACUUUUUUUAUCACGUCAGGUUGAAACUCUUCCAGCAACACAUAUUCGAGGAAAAUGUUCAGUUACUCUGCUAAAUGAAACUGAAUCAAUCUUGAGCUACUUAAAUAAAGACGAUUCGUUCUUCUAUUGUCUGGUCUUCGAUCCAACUCAAAAAACACUAUUGGCUGAUAAGGGUGAAAUUCGGGUUGGAAGUCGAUACCAAACCGAUGUUACACCAUUACUCCGUGAAGGUGAUAGUGAUAACCGAAAUUUGGAUGAUUUGGAAAGUUUAAUUUGGACGCCCAACCACACGUUGAGCGAUAGAAAAAUAGAUCAAUUCUUGGUGGUGUCGAGGUCAAUCGGCACAUUUGCACGGGCACUAGAUUGCAGUAGCUCCGUUAAGCAACCGUCCUUACACAUGUCUGCUGCUGCUGCUAGCCGUGAUAUCACUUUGUUUCAUGCAAUGGACACACUUCACAAGCACAAUUAUUCAAUAGAGUCAUCAAUGUGUUCAUUUGUUCCAUCGAGUGGGCCAGUAUUAUGUCGUGAUGAAAUGGAGGAAUGGAGUGCAUCAGAAGCCAACUUAUUUGAAGAAGCACUUGAUAAAUAUGGCAAAGAUUUUACUGAUAUACGACAAGAUUUUCUUCCUUGGAAAACACUUAAGAACAUCGUCGAAUACUAUUAUAUGUGGAAAACAACAGAUCGUUACGUACAGCAGAAGCGUUUGAAAGCUGUUGAAGCCGAAUCGAAAUUAAAGCAAGUGUACAUUCCCAAUUACACCAAACCAAAUUCUGCACUUUUGAAUAGCUCGUCAAUCACAGCAACGACGAAAGGCGGCUUGAGUAUAUUGAAUGGAAGCGCCAAUGGAAAUUCUAAUAAUGAUGUUAUUGCUUAUAAUUGUGGUAAACCCUGCGAGUCUUGCUCAACUGCUCAAUCUGCACAGUGGUACGCAUGGGGACCUUCACAUUUAAGCUGCCGUUUAUGUCAAUCUUGCUGGAACUAUUGGAAAAAGUAUGGUGGCCUUAAAAUAGCUUCGCGCUUAACUGAUAAUGACGUUGAUAAAAAGAAGUUAUUGACCACAAAUGCUGCCAACACAGCCAAUGUCAAUGCCAAUGCCAAUGCCAAUGUCAAUGCCAAUGACGUAGAUGGAAUUGUAGCUGCAGCAAAUGCAAACGAUUUGUCAAAUCGAUUAUCACACAAAUGUUCAAUUGCUAAUUGUGACAAAGAGUUUAAACUCAAAGCACAUUUAGCUAGACAUUAUGCCCAAGCUCAUGGCAUUGCCUUCCGAUCUGGAUCGCCUCGUCCAAUUAUGAAAACUCGAACAGCAUUCUAUUUACACACCACUGGCGUGACAAAGCUUUCACGUCGUCUGUGUCGUCACAUUAUCCGUUCAAAGAAAGCAGCCCGACAACCAUCCUACGCCAUUAAUCUGCAAGCUGUCAAAUUGGAAUAUGCUAAUGCAAUUGCUGAUAAAUCUUUUAAUGAUGUGAGAAAAUUGCUAAUUUAUAGCAAAAAAAAUCGUGGUAGUGUCACAAAAAUUGCCAAUCGCCUGGGAAAUCCAGAACCAUGUGAAAGCGAUUGGCUGAAAUUGACACCUAAAGAUAAAAUGCCUCAGCCAGACAAGGUCGCUUUUCCCAAACCACCAAAAGCAGCCGAUGGCAGUUUAAUAUAUGAACGCAUACCGAAUAAAGGUGAGGCUGAAAGUAGUAAAAAUUCAAUGGACGCUACAUCGCCAGUUUCAUUGAAAAGACGACAUCAGGGAGAUGAUGUAAAUGGAGUAGCUGCCGAUAAUACAAAUAAUUUGCUCAUUUUAGACACAUCAACCGUUGCACCACCAGCAAAACGACCAAACAAAGAUCCAAUGCCAUCUCAUCGGCCCACCCCAGAACAGUAUGCAGCUAUGAUUUCAGCGGCGGUAGCUGCCGGACAACCAUUACCAAAACAUCAUAUGAAUGGAAAGCCAAAAAUUGCUCAAAUGUCUAGAACGGGUUCAGGACGCAAACAAGUUAUAAGUCUCCAAGACGCACCAGACGAUGUCUAUUUCCGGGCUACUGAAGGAAGCAAGCGGACAAGAAAAAUUUUAACGGUCACUGAAUUGCGUAGAUCAGCAAGAAAACCAUAUCGUCAACUAAAUUCAUCUUGUUAUGUGGCACUUUCGAAAACACUGACCGUGCAGCUUGCAUCACUGCCAGCCCAGCUACAAAUUCAACCAGUACCACAGGCAACAACACCCACCGCACCUUCAACCAAAGCAGCAGGAACAGGUUCAGGACCUGCCUCAAAUAAUACGCCAUCAUUGAACUCUCCAACAAAUGCUGAAGCACCAGAAGCCGCAACAGCAGCAACGGCCUCAACAUCAGUUUCAGCAUCAUCAGCCACAGAAACAUCACCGCAAUCCCCACCAGCCACUGUUGUUGCUACUUCUUCAACAGCUACAUCAUCAGCAUCACCAGACGCAACACAGAAUGAGACAAAUGAAGCAAACACGACUGCAUCAGCUGAAAAUGACACCAACGACAGUAGUACCAGUGGUGCUGGAGAAACCCAAUCAGUUGUGAUAUUAGAUUGACCCAAAAAAGCAUCCCAAUCACAUCAUCCAUACAAUAUGGAUGCAAUCCUCAAUUAAUCGAAAGAGAAAAAAAUUAUCAAACUAAAAGAUUUUUGAAGUAAAAAUUAAAAUAGAUCUAUUUAAUAAUAAUAAUAAUCUUAAUAAUGGAUAAUAUGCAUAUUCGGAUGGGAUUAGAAUUAUGAAAACACAUAAUGUAAAUUAUGUGAACGUAUAAUUUAUAUUUCUAAGACAUUUAUAUUUUGUAGCCAGUAAAUGACGAAAACAAUGUAACUAAAUUGCUAAUUUAAAAAAAAAAAAAUACGUAAGCCUUUCCAUUUCAGACAUAGCAUUAUGUGGAAAAAUAAUCUCUGGAACUUAUCGUAUAAACUUUAAUGUUCAAAAGUGAAACCGAUAUCUGUUUGGCAAAAUUUGUUUCAAUCACAUUUAAUCGCAUCAUUUAAUGAGGUUAAAUGUUUUGAUGAAAACAACACAAUUCUAGCGUCACUCUAUUCUCGAAAUUUUGCUAAAAAGUUUUGAUUUCAUAAAUUAAAACAUAUUACGCAAUAAGAAGAUAGAAAAUAAAACAUAUUGCUAUUUUAAUAUAUUCGAACAUUUUCUCAGAUGCGUAAUAAAUACUUUUAAAUUAUGUAAUCGUUAAAAUCGUUAAGUAUAAUACAGCAAAAGUAUUGAAAAAAAGGAUAAUGAUGAAUUUUUUUGUUGUAUGAAACUUUACUUGGGUUUCCCUAUUCUCCAAAUAAUAUUUUAAAAUUGUUUGAAAUUUAUACCAGAAGAUGCAGAAAAUUUUAACAAAAGCUGCAGCAUUUCACCUUUUCAGUUCAAAAUUUUUUACAAAUGGAAAAAACAAAUCUUUGAUAUUUUAAUAAUCAAUUGUAUGAUAUACAGAUGGCUGAAUAUAACGGCCCGGCCACAAAGCGUGUCACUGUCACGUUAUACCAGUAUGUGAAAAUUGGUUUUCAUAACUAUUUUAAUCCAUUAGGCAGACGUUUAAACUCUUUUUAUGAACUGAACGAGAAAUCUAUGUGUAUUGUAAUUUUGCAAUGAAUUAGGGAAAAGUAUAUUUGAAAGGAUUAUGGAACAGUAGAUAUAAAUAAAUUUAAACUGAACUAAUUCGUGAAUAGUCGACAAAAGAAACGCAAAAUUUGUUUCGCGAUUGUACAAAGCAAAAAUAAAAAAAUUGAAAUUUGUUUCAAUUUGGGCUCAAGUUCUGUCAGCAAGCUUUCCUAAUUAAAUAAAUCAAUCAUAUGAGAACUUCUUCAAA